AUGCUGUCAUAUUUCAAAACCAUCUUACUUGUCGGCACGGCCGCCGUCCGUGUUCUAGCUGAACCAUACAAUACUUUCGACGGCCCUGGAUUUCCAGCCUGUCGCGAUGUCGCCGCCGUUCAUAACGUCACCAGUGUGAACGAGAUGGUAAGCAUCGUGAAGGAUGCUGCCGCUAACGGGACCCCAGUGCGAGCCUCUGGAAAGGGACACAUGUGGUUCGACACCAUGUGUCAAGACGACCCGCGCACCGUCAUUAUACGUACCGAGUAUACCAAUGGAAUUUCCGACCUUCAGCUAAAGCCGGGAGCUGAAUCCGGUUCAGUGGUCAUUGAGGCGGGUGUCACGUUCCUGCAACUCGCGGAGUGGCUGCAUGAGCGUAACGCUUCCAUGGGCUACACCCUUGUUAACUGGAAUAUCUCCAUGGCUGGUGCCAUGGCGAUGGGCGCGCAUCGGUCUUCUAUCCGUGAAGAGUCGAUGGUCGCUGCUGGUGUUCUCUCAUUGGACAUCAUCAAUGGCAACGGCGACAUUGUUACGCUCGAGAGAGACCAAAGCAAUGAUGAAUGGCUUGCCGCGUCGACAUCACUCGGUCUAUUAGGUAUCAUCGCCCGGAUGAAGUUCAAGAUUUACCCCGAUUUCAAGGUCUUCGCCAAGCAAGAUAUCUAUGACGAGGAUGAUAUCCUGAACGGAGACAUCUAUGGCAUGAUUGCGCCUUAUGCCACAGCCAACUUCUGGUGGUGGCCAUACCUCAAGAAGUUCCACCACCGCUAUUACGACGAGAUACCAUCCACCCUCAGCAAUCAGCAAGGUUUCCAAAGCACGUUCUCCCUGACCGACUUCGAGGCCGGCGUUGCCAUUCCGCUGCUCAACUCCGGCAAGUACCUCGAAACGUCUAACGAGCUCGCCGAGACGACCUUCUUUUCACUAUGGUCGGCGCCCAACUUCCACGACAAGACGACCGACGCUACCAUCCUCUUCUGGCCCGUGUACGGGUGGAACUAUGACGUGCUGAUCGGCGGCCUGUACCCGGGCACGAAGGCCGAGUGGGACUACGGCUUGCGAGGGGAGACGCUGGAGCUCGCGUUCCCCGUCACGCAGGCCAACGCCAUGCUGAGGCGCGUCCGCGAGCUGUUCGACGCGGAGUACACCGAGCGCGGCAUCACCAUGACGAGCACGUACCGUUCGGGGAUCAACAUCAAAUUCGGCAAGCCGUACUAUGAUCUCCUCGGCCAGGUCACGUACAACACGAGCGACGGCGCGGACUGGAGCAAGGGCGCGAUCAUGUUUGAUUUCCCGCAUUUCAAGCCGAGUGUUGGCGACGGGCGGCCUUACAACGAUGCCUUCUACCCGAGAUUGGCGACUGCUUUGAUCAACGAGUUCCCGUGCCGCCCGCAUUGGACGAAGAACACCCGUGAGGUGUUUGGCAAUGCGACCAAGAACAUAGACCCAGACCAUCUUGCGAGAUUCAAGGCUGUUCGCGAGAAGUUUGAUCCUAAUGGGGUUUUUAAGAGUAUUGUUGGCCAGAUCCUUGGCUUAUACGAUUAG